AGCGAGGCUAUUCCUGAGGGGAGUGAGGGAAAGAGAGGCGCCGUUUUCACCUCGCUCGUCAUUUUCUCUCUGCGCGCAAGCGGGGCUAGUGGGGGGCGGGAGGUAUCCUGCGCUACUCUCCCUUUGGGCAGAGCUGGGCCAUGGCGUCGUCGUCGCCGCCUAAAUCAGGCUGCUUUGCGGGCGAGUUGGCCGAGGUGGAGAUCGACUCCGACGGCUGUUUCAAGUACAUCCUGGUGCGGGUGCAGCGCGGAGGCAGCGGCCAAGGCGGUGGCCAAAGUGGUGGCCAACAAGGCUGCAGCCCAGGCCGCAUUGGCAGCCCAAGCCGCGGCGGCGGCAGCCCAAGCCGUGGCGGCGAGUGCAGAGACAUCGUGAGGGGGACCGCUUCCGCCGAGUUGCACAAUCACAUAUAUGAAAAGAUAUGUUCUGAAAUGGAAAAGAUGGGCUGUAUGUGCAAGUGUCUUGGAGGAGGAAAAAUUGAGCACAAUAGCAGAGACAAAAAAAUCCAUGUAUCUGGUGUUUCUCCAGCAUAUGGUAAAGCUGAUCAUUCCAUGACUGUGGCAAUACUGAAGAAAACGUUUAAGGAUUAUGACAUUAGUUGUUCAGAUGACUAGUGAACCGUUGCUUUGCAGUCUAAAAUUUAAAGUCAGUUUGUUCUUGGUUCUUUUCAACAUAAUUCUAAGCUUCCACCAAAAUGUGUAAUGUAUUUAGCUUAAUGCUGAAUAAAAACUUUGACUGAA